UCUUGUUCUCUCUUCUUACCCAAUCACCAACUGUCUCUCUUCUUCCUUUUUCAAAAAUGUCGCCGUCUUUUUGCUCCGCCCGUUUCUCCGUCGCUCUCUUCCUCGUUAUCUCCGCCGUCCCCAUAGCUUACCUCAUUUGCCUAGAGCGAGCCGCUCCUUACACGCACGUCUUCUCUUACCACAGCUCAGGCUUCUUCCGCGAGUGCGCUAAAUGGGACGACGCAGGUCGGAGAUUCCUCGUCUCCUUCAUGGACGGAGGCGGAAUCGGAGAGAUUGUUCCUAGAGACGGUAACAGCGACGUUCUUGAUGAAGUCACUGUAGUCAAAGACGCUGACCUCGCCGGAAACGCUUCUCUCGGAAUCGCUAUCGACCGAGACAGGAACCGUCUCCUCGUCGCUGUCGCCGAUUUGCUUGGAAACCGUUACAGCGCUUUAGCUGCCUAUGAGCUGUCCACGUGGCGUCGUAUCUUCCUCGCUGAGCUUAGCGGCCAUAGUAUAGAGAAAUCGUUUGCAGACGAUGUAGCUAUUGAUGCACAUGGAAAUGCUUAUGUAACGGAUGCAAAAGGAAGUAAAAUUUGGAAAGUUGAUGUCAGUGGAGAGCUUGUCUCCACCAUUGAAAGCCCUCUCUUCACUCCACCUGGAUGGUACAAUAACCUGGUGGCUCUUAACGGCAUUGUUUAUCACCCUGACGGUUUCCUUGUCGUCAUCCACACUUUCUCCGGUUUCUUAUACAAGAUCGACCUGACUGGUGAUGGGGAUGAUGGUAAUAAGGUCACUGUCAUUGAAGUUAAUGGUGGGACUCUGAGGUUUGGUGAUGGACUUGAGUUGUUGUCUCCCACCAAGAUUGUUGUUGCAGGUAGCCCUUCUGCCAAGUUGAUCGAGAGCUCAGACGGGUGGCAGACGGCUACUGUGACAGGUUGGUUCAACACCGGUAUGGUUCACCGGAUAGUCUCGUCAGCUACUGUGAAGGAAGGAAAAGUUUAUCUAAACCACAUUGUUGGGUUUGGCUCUAAGAAGAGACACAUACUUGUAGAAGCUGUGUUUUAAACCUUUUUAGUGUUACAUCUAAUAUGAUUCCUAUUGAAAUGUGAUGUAAAGCCUGUCUUUAUCAAAUUUUUCAUAUAAUCUAUAGUAUUAGAUAAAAAUAUUUA